AUGGUAGAGAAGAGAAAUCGUUUGUCCUUGGAUUCCAGAGAUACCGUCAAAUCAACCCCAAAGCUAAAAGGUUUGCCUCUUUCACUGGAUAGUAGAGAAGGUUCAAUGCGAGUAUCAUUCGAUUCCAAAACACAUCACCCUUCAAAAGGUUUGCAGCAUGUGGCAAGUCAAAUGACAGAGACCCUAAUCUACCUCAUCCUCCGGAACUUCUAA